UUGGCAUAUUUAGAUGACGUGAUAAUUUAUUCUCGUACAUUUGAAGAGCAUUUAUUACACCUAGAAGAAAUUCUCAGUCGACUUACCGAAGCCAAUUUCCGCUUAAACAUCGACAAAUGUAACAUCGUGAAGCAAGCAAUCAAUUUUCUUGGUCAUCGUAUCGAGCAUGGAAAACUUAUGCCGGAUUCUGGGAAAAUACGCGGAUUGCUCGACACGAAACCACCAACAACAUCGAAAGAAGCUUAUCGAUUUGUUAAAGCGGCUGCAUACUAUCUGACAAUGAUUUGCAAGCGUUCAAUCACCUUAAACAAAUUGACCGCCGAUCUCAUUCUCCGAAUUCCGAAUGAAACCCGACCAUUUAAACUUCAAACCGAUGCGUCCGACAUAGGAAUUCAAGCUGUAUUGAAGAGGACCUAUCCGAAUGGCGAUCUACCCGUUACAUAUUUUUCCCAAAAAUUAUCGUCGACUCAAGCAAAAUGGUCCACUACCGAAAAAGAAUGUUAUGCAAUUUUGGCCGCAAUCGAAACAUGGCACAAAUAUCUGGAUGGACCUGAAUUUGUACUCGAAACUGAUCAUAAACCGCUAGUGCAGUUAAAUGUCAAAGCACAAAUUAAUGCAAAAUGUGAGCGGUGGACAAAUCUUCACACAUCGGUUGAUGGGACUCUUGAUUCAUCGGAAGACGUACAAGUUCAGAGCACCCGCAUACCGGUGGAUGGCUCCGAUGAACAAGUACGGCAAGCCGUCUCGAAUAAUCGUGAAUAA